AUGAAAUCCCAACUCUUACUUCUCAUCGCUUUACUCUCCGCUACUGGAGCUUGGGCUCAUGGUGAGGAAGCAGCAGAGGAGAUGGGCCCUGUGGCUUUUAUGUGGCCUCCCGACAGAAAAUGGGGAGCCGCAUAUGACAACAACGCCCCCUGUGGUUCGAACACUGGGCCUGUGAAUCGAACUAACUUUCCACUUAUUAAUGGAAAACUCGCCUUGGUCGUACAAGACGAAUCAUGGAAUGUGCAGGUCUCUAUCUCACAUAAAAGCAACCCAACAAGCAACGACGACUUCGAGACCUUCGUUGACAAGUCUGAGAUCUCGGAAAUCAAACCCGGACACGAAUGCUACUCCGUCCCGAACCCUGCUAUUGACGCCGAAGCAGGCAUGAACGCCACUUUCCAAAUCAAAUACAGCAGUGAUAUGGACUCGGACAGGAAUGAAACCUAUUACGCCUGUGCAGAUGUCACCUACGUCCCUGCUAGCAAAUUCACCUACCAAGUUCCCUGCUUCAACGUGACAUCGGAGGAGUUCGCGCCUGUGAGCUCCACCACAGCAGGGGCUGGAUCCACCGCAACGAGUGGAUCGUCUAAGGACUCGAAUGACAAGUCUGCAUCGGACUCAAGUAAGAAGUCUAGCUCUGGUCUUUCUGGUGGUGCUAUUGCAGGUAUUGUCGUCGGGUUGGUUGCUGCUGUGGCCAUUGGUGUUGGUCUUCUAUUUGGAUAUAGGAGACUGUUGCAGAAGUACCGUUCAGUGCGGCAUCAGGCAUCUGUGAGGAAUGUAGAUUGGGCGGAAGCCGGAACGAAGCCGGAUAUGGAUCAGACGCCGAUGGGAUUACGCAAGAUUAGGUAA